AUGGAGUUUAGCAGCCGAGGGAAGCCGAAGCAGGGCCGGGAGCUGUACCCUCACAGCCUGCAGUUCUACCUGGACCCCCCCACGGAAAACAUCUCUCUGGUGGAGUUUGAGAGCCUUGCCGUCGACCGCCUGAAGCUGCUCAAAGUAGUUGAAAACCUUGGUGUCAGCUAUGCAAAAAAUAGUGAGUCAUACAGAUUUAAGCUGGAGUAUGAGCUCCGGAAACUUAAAUAUGUUUAACAGGCUUUGGCUGAGGAUGAUUAUGAGACAAGAAGAAAAGACCAUCUCUCUCAUUUCAUACUACGCCUUGCUUACUCUCAGUCUGAGGAUCUCAGGCGUUGGUUUCUUCAACAAGAAAUGGAUCUCUUGCGAUAUCGCUUCAAUGAACUGUCUGAUAAUUUAAAGCAGAAAUUCCUGGAACACGUUAACUUAUCUUUUGAAGCUAUUAGUGAAGAACUGAAAAAGGAAUUGGAAAAUGAGCUGUCUGCAUCAACCCCUGGCCUCACUAUGGCUAAAGUAAGAGAACAAAUGUUCUCUAAGGUUGGACUUGCAGAUGCUGUGGAUCUAUUUAGAGCCAGAAGAGUGUUUAUUAAAGACGGCUUUGCAUAUGUGCCACUUAAGGAGAUGACUGCAAUUGUUUUGAAUAACUUCAGAACAAAGUUAUCUAAAGCACUGGCAGUAAGUUUGCAUUACUUUUUAGAGUUUGCACGGGGCAGCGGCUUGUCUCCACAGUUCCCGCCCCGUGUGGUCAGCUGCAAUGGGCGCAGGGGUGGACGACAUCUCCCACCUGCUGAGAGUGUAGCAGCAUUCAGCGUGAGCUUCCCUGCGAUGUCCGAUCCCCAGAAAUCAU